GCGCGGGGGUUGAGCCGUGGCGGUGCGGACGCGCUCGUGCUCGGGAACUAUCGGAUUAAACUUGGAUCGAGUGAAAUUACACAAAGGAGCACCGCGGAGCAGACGGCCCGGGGGCUAGGAGACCCCGAAACUCGACUGAGCCCGUGUGCCUCAACCAACUCCGCGCCCGAGCAUUCAGCCCCCGACCGCCGAGCCAACUCCGGAUCUCGCUCUACGUUUUGUUUUCUCCUCGGCGCUGGCAGUGGAGGAGCCCGAGCGACCCGGACUUUAUAUGCAGACUUUGCCUGACACUGCAGGGUCCAAGAGAAUUAAGGAAAUAUGGAAUGACAUGAAGAAGAUUAGUUAAGGAUUAUAGGCUUUGAGGACAGACACCUCAGUGAAGUGAAGCACAGACAAGCUCCCUAGCCGAAGUGUGAGGAGCCGUGUGUUGGAAGAAGAUGGCGGAUCCAGGAAUGAUGAGUCUUUUUGGCGAGGAUGGGAAUAUUUUCAGCGAGGGUCUUGAAGGCCUUGGGGAGUGUGGCUACCCUGAAAAUCCAGUCAACCCCAUGGGCCAGCAGAUGCCAAUAGAACAAGGCUUUGCUUCUCUGCAGUCAUCCCUUCAUCAUCCCUCCACUAAUCAAAAUCAAACCAAGUUGACCCAUUUUGAUCACUAUAAUCAGUAUGAACAACAGAAAAUGCACCUGAUGGAUCAGCCUAAUAGAAUGAUGAGUAGUGCCCCUGGGAAUGGACUCUCGUCUCCUCACUCACAGUAUCACCCCCCUCCUGUUCCUCAGGUCCCUCAUGCUGGCAAUGGCGGUGGCCAGAUGGGCGUCUACCCAGGCCUCCAGAAUGAAAGGCAUGGGCAGUCUUUUGUGGACAGUGGUUCAAUGUGGGGACCACGGGCUGUCCAGGUCCCAGACCAGAUACGAGCCCCCUACCAGCAGCAGCAGCAGCAGCCACCACCCCCACCACAGCCAACUCCAUCAGCUCCUCAGGGCCACCCUCCGCAUAUGCAGCAGAUGGGGAGCUAUAUGCCACAUGGGGACUUCUCAAUGCAGCAGCACGGUCAGCCCCAGCAGAGGAUGAGCCAGUUUUCCCAAGGCCAAGAGGGCCUCAAUCAGGGAAAUCCUUUCAUUGCCACCUCAGGAUCUGGCCACCUGUCCCAUGUGCCCCAGCAGAGCCCCAGCAUGGCACCUUCCCUCCGUCACCCAGUGCAGCAGUUCCAUCACCACCCCCCUACUGCUCUCCAUGGGGAAUCCGUUGCCCACAGUCCUAGAUUCUCCCCUAAUCCUCCUCCACAAGGGACCGUUAGGCCACAAACCCUUAACUUUAGUUCUCGGAGCCAGACAGUUCCCUCACCUACUAUAAACAACUCAGGGCAGUAUUCUCGAUAUCCUUACAGUAACCUAAAUCAGGGAUUAGUUAACAAUACAGGGAUGAAUCAAAAUUUAGGCCUUACGAAUAAUACCCCAAUGAAUCAGUCCGUACCAAGAUACCCCAAUGCUGUAGGAUUUCCAUCAAGCAGUGGUCAAGGACUAAUGCACCAGCAGCCCAUCCACCCCAGCGGCUCACUUAACCAAAUGAACACACAAACUAUGCACCCUUCACAGCCUCAGGGAACUUACGCCUCUCCACCUCCCAUGUCACCCAUGAAAGCGAUGAGUAACCCAGCAGGUACACCGCCUCCGCAGGUCAGGCCUGGAAGUACUGGGAUGCCCAUGGAAGUUGGCAGUUAUCCAAAUAUCCCCCACCCUCAGUCAUCUCACCAGCCUCCAGGGGCCAUGGGAAUCGGACAGAGGAAUAUGGGCCCCAGAAACCUGCAGCAGUCUCGUCCAUUUAUGGGCAUGUCCUCAGCACCAAGGGAGUUGGCCGGGCACAUGAGACCAAAUGGUUGUCCUGGUGUUGGCCUUGGUGACCCCCAAGCAAUACAGCAUCCUGGCCAGCAGCCACCCUUCCAGCAGCUGCCGACCUGCCCUCCAAUGCAGCCCCACCCAGGAGUGCACCACCAGUCUUCACCCCCACCACACCCUCACCACCAGCCGUGGGCACAGCUCCACCCCUCACCCCAGAACACCCCGCAGAAAGUGCCUGUGCAUCAGCAUUCUCCAUCGGAGCCCUUUCUAGAGAAACCAGUGCCGGAUAUGACUCAGGUUAGUGGACCGAAUGCUCAGCUAGGGAAGAAUGAAGAUUACCUGCCCUCAGCAGAACAGCCGCCACAGCAAAAGAAGAAGAGAAAGAAAAAUAACCACAUUGUUGCAGAGGAUCCCAGUAAAACUUUUGGUAAAGCUGACUUCCCUGGUGGGGUUGAUAACCAAGAACUAAAUAGGAACUCAUUAGAUGGAUCCCAAGAAGAAAAAAAGAAAAAGAAGAAGCCGAAGACAAAAAAAGAUCCGAAAGAACCCAAGGAGAAAAAAGAGCCUAAGGAACCCAAGACCCCAAAAGCCCCUAAGAUUCCCAAAGAGCCAAAGGAAAAGAAAGCAAAAACCACCACGCCAAAACCCAAAUCCAGCAAAAAGUCAAGUAAUAAGAAACCUGAUUCAGAAGCAAGUGCUUUGAAGAAAAAGGUCAACAAGGGGAAAACAGAAGGUUCUGAAAAUUCAGACUUAGAAAAAACACCCCCACCAUCUCCUCCUCCUGAAGAAGAUGAUGACCCAGGUGUUCAGAAAAGACGUUCGAGCAGGCAGGUAAAGAGAAAGCGAUACACUGAAGACUUGGAGUACAAGAUUUCAGAUGAGGAGGCAGAUGAUGCAGAUGCUGCUGGAGGAGACUCGCCUUCUAACACCUCACAGUCAGAGCAGCAGGAAUCUGUUGAUGCAGAAGGUCCAGUGGUUGAAAAAAUUAUGAGCAGUCGUUCAGUCAAAAAACAGAAGGAAUCUGGAGAGGAGGUAGAAGUUGAGGAAUUCUAUGUGAAAUACAAAAACUUCUCUUAUCUUCAUUGUCAGUGGGCAUCUGUAGAAGAUCUGGAAAAGGAUAAGAGAAUUCAGCAAAAGAUUAAGCGAUUUAAGGCAAAGCAGGGCCAGAACAAAUUCCUUUCGGAGAUUGAGGAUGAGCUUUUUAACCCAGAUUAUGUGGAGGUGGACCGGAUAAUGGACUUUGCACGCAGCACAGAUGACCGCGGAGAGCCUGUGACCCACUACCUGGUCAAGUGGUGCUCACUUCCCUAUGAAGACAGCACAUGGGAACUGAGGCAGGACAUAGACCAGACCAAGAUUGAAGAAUUUGAAAAACUCAUGUCCAGGGAGCCAGAAACAGACCGUGUGGAGCGACCUCCUGCUGAUGAUUGGAAGAAAUCAGAGAGUUCCAGGGAGUACAAAAACAAUAACAAACUCAGGGAAUACCAGUUGGAGGGAGUAAACUGGCUACUUUUCAAUUGGUACAACAUGCGAAACUGCAUUUUAGCAGAUGAAAUGGGUUUGGGGAAAACUAUCCAGUCCAUUACAUUUCUCUAUGAGAUAUAUUUGAAAGGAAUCCAUGGCCCUUUUUUAGUAAUUGCCCCAUUGUCCACAAUUCCCAACUGGGAAAGGGAGUUUCGUACCUGGACAGAGUUGAAUGUGGUUGUGUAUCAUGGGAGUCAAGCUAGUCGUCGGACCAUUCAUUUGUAUGAAAUGUACUUCAAAGAUCCACAGGGUCGAGUGAUAAAGGGGUCCUAUAAGUUUCAUGCCAUCAUCACUACAUUUGAGAUGAUUCUGACUGAUUGUCCUGAGCUGAGGAAUAUUCCAUGGCGUUGUGUGGUCAUUGAUGAAGCCCACAGGCUGAAGAAUCGGAACUGCAAGCUGCUGGAGGGACUCAAGAUGAUGGACUUGGAACACAAAGUGCUGCUCACAGGGACCCCACUGCAGAACACAGUGGAAGAGCUCUUCAGCUUGCUUCAUUUCUUGGAACCAAGUCGCUUCCCUUCAGAAACCACCUUUAUGCAAGAAUUUGGUGAUCUGAAGACAGAAGAGCAGGUGCAAAAGCUUCAGGCUAUUCUAAAGCCAAUGAUGUUGAGACGUCUCAAGGAAGAUGUAGAAAAGAACUUGGCCCCCAAAGAAGAGACUAUUAUUGAAGUUGAGCUAACAAACAUACAGAAGAAAUAUUACCGAGCCAUCCUUGAGAAGAAUUUUACAUUUCUUUCCAAAGGUGGUGGUCAAGCAAACGUACCUAAUCUUUUAAACACUAUGAUGGAGUUACGAAAGUGCUGCAAUCACCCAUACCUUAUUAAUGGUGCUGAAGAGAAAAUUUUGGAAGAGUUUAAAGAAACACACAAUGCCGAGUCUCCAGAUUUUCAGCUCCAGGCGAUGAUCCAGGCUGCUGGCAAGCUCGUGCUGAUUGACAAGCUGCUGCCAAAACUGAAGGCUGGUGGCCACAGGGUGCUUAUCUUUUCCCAGAUGGUGCGCUGCUUGGACAUACUGGAAGACUACCUCAUUCAGAGACGGUACCCAUAUGAAAGAAUCGAUGGCCGAGUUCGAGGUAACCUGCGCCAGGCAGCUAUUGACAGGUUCUCUAAGCCUGAUUCUGAUAGGUUUGUUUUCCUCCUGUGUACAAGAGCUGGAGGAUUAGGCAUUAACCUUACUGCUGCUGAUACCUGCAUCAUCUUUGAUUCAGACUGGAACCCCCAAAAUGACCUCCAGGCUCAAGCUAGAUGUCAUAGAAUAGGACAAAGCAAAUCUGUAAAAAUCUACAGGCUGAUUACAAGAAAUUCUUAUGAAAGAGAAAUGUUUGAUAAGGCUAGUUUGAAGCUUGGUCUCGAUAAAGCUGUGCUACAGUCGAUGAGUGGAAGAGAAAAUGCUACCAAUGGGGUGCAACAGCUUUCCAAGAAGGAAAUAGAGGAUCUUCUCCGAAAGGGGGCCUAUGGUGCACUCAUGGAUGAGGAGGAUGAAGGGUCUAAGUUCUGUGAAGAAGAUAUCGAUCAGAUUCUCCUACGGCGAACUCACACUAUUACUAUUGAGUCAGAAGGGAAAGGGUCCACGUUUGCUAAGGCUAGCUUUGUUGCAUCUGGAAAUAGAACAGAUAUUUCCUUGGAUGAUCCAAAUUUUUGGCAGAAGUGGGCAAAGAAGGCUGAAUUGGAUAUCGACGCCCUAAAUGGGAGAAACAACUUAGUUAUUGACACGCCUAGAGUGAGAAAGCAGACUAGACUCUACAGUGCAGUAAAGGAAGAUGAACUGAUGGAAUUUUCAGACUUGGAAAGUGAUUCUGAAGAAAAGCCUUGUACCAAGCCCCGGCGCCCCCAGGAUAAGUCUCAGGGUUAUGCCAGGAGUGAGUGCUUCAGAGUGGAAAAGAAUCUGCUUGUUUAUGGGUGGGGACGCUGGGCAGACAUCCUUUCUCACGGGCGAUACAAACGGCAGCUAAAUGAGCAAGAUGUGGAAACCAUAUGCAGGACCAUCCUUGUGUACUGCCUCAAUCACUACCGUGGAGACGAGAACAUCAAAAGCUUCAUCUGGGACCUCAUCACACCAACCGCUGAUGGCCAGACUCGGGCCUUGGUCAAUCAUUCUGGUUUAUCUGCACCAGUGCCGCGGGGACGGAAGGGGAAGAAGGUGAAAGCACAGAGCACGCAGCCGGUAGUGCAGCAUGCUGACUGGCUGGCCAGCUGCAACCCGGAUGCGCUCUUCCAGGAGGACAGCUACAAGAAGCACCUGAAACACCACUGCAACAAGGUCCUGCUGCGUGUCCGCAUGCUGUACUACCUAAGACAAGAAGUGAUAGGAGACCAGGCAGAUAAGAUCUUAGAGGGUGCUGACUCAAGUGAAGCAGAUGUGUGGAUACCUGAGCCUUUUCAUGCUGAAGUUCCUGCAGAUUGGUGGGACAAGGAAGCGGAUAAAUCUCUCUUAAUUGGAGUGUUCAAACAUGGCUACGAGAAGUACAAUUCCAUGCGAGCUGACCCCACACUAUGUUUUCUGGAACGAGUGGGCAUGCCUGAUGCCAAGGCCAUCGCUGCUGAGCAAAGAGGAACAGACAUGCUAGCAGAUGGCGGUGACGGGGGAGAGUUUGACAGAGAAGAUGAAGACCCAGAAUAUAAACCAACCAGAACACCAUUCAAGGAUGAAAUAGAUGAAUUUGCAAAUUCUCCUCCAGAGGAUAAGGAAGAGUCCAUGGAAAUACAUGCUACAGGCAAGCACAGGGAAAGUAUUGCUGAGUUAGGCCAACUUUACUGGCCUAACACUUCAACGCUGACUACCCGUCUGCGCCGCCUCAUUACUGCCUAUCAGCGCAGCUAUAAAAGGCAACAAAUGAGGCAAGAGGCCUUAAUGAAGACUGACCGGCGGAGACGCCGGCCACGGGAAGAAGUGAGAGCUCUGGAAGCAGAAAGAGAAGCUAUUAUAUCUGAAAAACGUCAAAAAUGGACAAGAAGAGAAGAAGCUGAUUUUUACCGUGUGGUGUCAACUUUUGGGGUUAUUUUUGACCCCAUAAAACAGCAGUUUGACUGGAACCAAUUUCGAGCCUUUGCCAGACUUGACAAAAAGUCUGAUGAGAGUCUGGAGAAAUACUUCAGCUGUUUUGUGGCCAUGUGUAGGCGAGUGUGUCAAAUGCCCUUUAAGCCAGAUGAUGAGCCACCCGACCUCUCUUCCAUGAUCGAACCAAUCACAGAAGAGCGAGCCUCUAGAACUUUGUACCGUAUAGAACUGCUGCGGAAAAUACGCGAGCAAGUUCUCCAUCACCCUCAGCUGGGAGAAAGGCUAAAACUGUGCCAGCCGAGCUUGGAUUUACCAGAGUGGUGGGAGUGUGGGAGACACGACCGAGACCUGCUGGUGGGUGCUGCUAAACACGGGGUCAGUCGGACGGAUUACCACAUCCUCAACGAUCCCGAGUUAUCCUUCUUGGAUGCACAUAAAAACUUUAUUCAAAACAGAGGAGCAGGCAGCCUGUCUUCCUUGAAUCCACUGACAGUUGGAUUUGGCCCAGUUCCCCCAGUCAUCUCAUCCACUCACAUGCAAGAUGAAAAGGUGAUGGAGCGAACCGAAGAUAAAGUAGGGGAACUGGAAGACCCAACAGCUAAGGAGAAAUGUGAAGUGAAAGUAGAGGAAGAGGAAGCUGAUGGCGGUGGGGAGAAGGACAGCAAGCAGGAAUGUGAGGCUGAGGCAAGCACAGGAAAGAAUGACCCGAAAGGCGUGGAGGGCAGCACGGACACUGGGCCCAAGUCCGUGUCUGAAAAAGGCUCUGAAGAAGACGAGGAAGAGAAGCUUGAGGAUGAUGACAAGUCGGAGGAGUCCUCCCAGCCUGAAGCAGGAGCUGUAUCUAGAGGGAAGAAUUUUGAUGAAGAAAGCAAUGCCUCUCUGAGUACUGCCAGGGAUGAGACCCGCGAUGGAUUCUACAUGGAGGAUGGAGAUCCCUCAGUGGCUCAGCUUCUCCAUGAACGGACAUUCACCUUCUCGUUUUGGCCCAAGGAUCGAGUUAUGAUAAACCGAUUAGAUAACAUCUGUGAAGCAGUGCUGAAAGGCAAAUGGCCAGUCAACCGGCGCCAGAUGUUUGAUUUCCAGGGCCUCCUCCCUGCUUGCACACCUGCCGCGGACAGCCCCCUGCAGAAGAGGAGCUUUGCUGACCUCUCAAUGGUUGGCCAUGCCAGUGUUGGUGGGAGUGAGGACAUCAUGGCUUCUCCUCACUUAACAAAAAAAGAUGCGCUCAACCUGGUGGCCCCUCGCCAGCGACGACGACGCAGGCGGAAAAUCGAAAUUGAGGCUGAAAGAGCUGCCAAGCGACGGAACCUCAUGGAGAUGGUUGCCCAGCUUCGUGAGUCUCAGGUGGUCUCAGAAAAUGGACAAGAGAAAGUUGUAGAUUUAUCAAAGGCCUCAAGAGAGGCAGCAAGUUCUACCUCAAAUUUCUCAUCUCUCACUUCAAAGUUUAUCUUGCCUAAUGUCUCCACACCAGUCUCUGAUGCCUUUAAGACUCAGAUGGAAUUGCUCCAGGCAGGCCUGUCACGAACACCUACGAGGCAUCUGCUUAAUGGCUCCCUAAUGGAUAGACAGCCUCCCAUGAAGAAGAGGCGGGGAAGGAGGAAGAAUGUGGAGGGCCUUGAUCUGCUUUUCAUGAGCCACAAACGAACAUCACUGAGUACAGAAGAUGCUGAGGUGACCAAAGCUUUUGAAGAGGACAUAGAGACUCCCCCAACAAGAAACAUUCCUUCUCCGGGACAACUGGACCCAGAUACACGGAUCCCUGUGAUAAACCUAGAAGAUGGAACUAGGCUGGUGGGGGAAGAUGCUCCUAAAAAUAAAGAUUUAGUUGAAUGGCUUAAGCUGCAUCCAAGUUACACAGUUGAUAUGCCAAGUUAUGUACCAAAGAAUGCAGAUAUGCUGUUUUCCUCAUUCCAGAAGCCUAAACAAAAACGACAUAGAUGUCGAAACCCUAAUAAAUUGGACAUAAACACUUUGACAGGAGAGGAAAGGGUGCCUGUUGUCAAUAAGCGAAAUGGAAAGAAGAUGGGUGGAGCAAUGGCCCCUCCAAUGAAGGAUCUACCCCGGUGGCUAGAAGAAAACCCAGAAUUUGCAGUUGCCCCAGAUUGGACUGAUAUAGUUAAGCAAUCUGGCUUUGUUCCUGAGUCCAUGUUUGACCGUCUGCUGACUGGCCCAGUGGUGCGGGGAGAGGGUGCCAGCCGACGAGGACGACGGCCCAAGAGUGAGAUUGCCAGGGCUGCCGCUGCUGCCACUGUGGCUUCCACGUCAGGCAUCAACCCGUUGCUGGUCAACAGCCUGUUUGCAGGCAUGGACCUCACCAGCCUGCAGAACCUGCAGAGCCUGCAGUCCCUCCAGCUGGCCGGGCUCAUGGGCUUCCCGCCUGGACUGGCCACGGCGGCAGCUGGCAGUGAGGCCAAGAGCCCGGCAGUGCUGCCGCUGAUGCUACCUGGCAUGGCGAGCCUGCCAGGUGUGUUCGGCCUGGGUGGGUUGCUCAAUGCCCCGCUGACCGCGGGCAAUGCGCCUGGACCCAGCCCCGGCCUAGGGGACCCAGAGGACAGUGCAGCCAAAGCAGAUGACAAGGGCAACGAGAAUGAGGAUGAGAACAAAGACUCUGAGAAAAGCACAGAAGUGGUUUUGGCUACUGACUCUGCAAAUGGAUCUGUUGGUGCUGCUACUGCCCCGGCCGGCCUGCCCUCCAACCCCCUGGCCUUCAACCCUUUCCUCCUGUCCACCAUGGCCCCCGGCCUCUUCUACCCAUCCAUGUUUCCACCUCCGGGCCUGGGAAGGCUGACGCUACCCGGCUUCCCCUCACUGGCUGGGCUGCAGAACACCGCAGGCGCUGAGGACAAGGCCACCGACAAGGCCGAGGAGACGCUGGAGGGCAGUGAUGCUGAGGAGAGCCUGGACAAAACGGCCGAGUCCUCGGCCAUGGACGACGAGACAGCACAGGGCGAGGAGCUCGACUCACCUGAUGGGCCGGAGGAGGGAGAUCGCAAUGGAAGUGACGCGUAACCAGUUCCAGUUAAAGUGUUUCAACUUUUGACAAGUGGUAGUCCUACUGUUUACACUCACAGUUAAUGUUCAUACCUAGUUUUAUAAGCUGUUCUGUAACAUAGUGUAGCAAAGAAAAAAAGAAAAGAAAGUCCAAGUCAUGUUAUACAGGUGUGUCAAAGGUAUCUUGGUCAUUGAAUAUUGUGCAGUGCAUUAUUUAUUAUCCCUAGGAGAGAUGAAAUUUGAGAGGCGAUCAUGUCUUUUUAAGGAAACUUACAUAAUGCUCUGCUUUUUUUUCUUUUUUUCCUUUUGGUACCAUUGCUAUUAUAACAACAACAAAAAAAAAGCAAUUUUUAACUGAGUGGCACAAUAGAAGGAAGUGCCCCUUAAAGGAAAUAUGAAGUUAUAUAUUUAAUUUUUUUUUCUUUUUUUUUCUGUGAAGGUCAAGAUGAAAUUUAUCAUACAUAUCAUUCUUGCUCACGUUCUCCUUUUUGACUGUAUGGGGUUCCCGUGUUGUUUGUACCCACACACACAUCCACUCUGACAAUCUCCACCUGCGUGUGAACGUCUCUGUCUGAGACACAGCAAUAAUAAGGCAGCUGUUGAAUGUGAAGGGUCCCUUUGGAAAUAAAUCUACUGGGAGGGUUCUUGCCAGAUAGAACUACAGUUCCAUUGUUUUGUGAUCUUGUAAUGCACUGGUUUAAACGAAUAGAUAAGUAAAUAGAGAAGAGAGAAUCAGGUACCUUUUUUAAAUUAAAGGACUUUGUUACUUUAGCCACAAAGCUAAACAGCAUUACCUCAGCUCUAAACUAGCCUUGAAGUUUACAGACAUGACUUUGUAAAUGUAUUGUUCUUUCUUUGUUGUGAUGUCCUUUAUUUUUUCCUUUAAAAACUGCUAUCAUGUAAGAUAAAAUGUAAAUUGCUGCCAACUGUAGUAAUGAUGCUUUUAAUAAAAGUGGCCCAUGAUAUGCAGAGAUGUAAUUAUAGAAUAUAGUAUGUAGGGGAACUGCUGUUCACUCUAUUUUUUUGUAUUCGCAAUAGAUGCAAAUACAGUAUUCUGGCUUUUGUACAGUUUUUUGAUAUAUCCUCUUAGACCAAAUUAGCUGUUAACAAAGCUCUAAACUGUCCUCAAAAUAAGACAAGAAGAAAAAUCCUGAAUUACCUUCCCAGAAUUCUACCCCAGUUAUCUCAAUAGAGAAACACACACUCAUACCUUCCAUUACUCUCUGCAAAGGGCAUCUGAGACUGAGAAUGCGUACAAAUGUGUGCAGCAUGUGAUAAUGUGGUACACUGAAGAACAAAGGGCUAAAAGAAAAAUGAGACUUUAAUAGGCACAAUAUCUGGACCAUUUAUUCUCAGUUAAUGGGUAGAAAAACACAAUGCCUUAGUGUCAGUGAGGGACACAAAGGCACCUGUUGUCCUGCAGACACGUGCUUGAUGCCACAAAUCAGUGUGUAGAGAAUCCACGUGGGACCCGAGCGGAUGCCUUCAUUGCGUGCGCUCAAGUAUGCACCCACUCACACAUCUCGAGAGCCUACUCAAUUAUAAACAGGGUUUGACCUUUGAUAUUUAAGAUGAAAUGGAAUUUGAUACCUGCUCUUUCCAUGUUUUUGCCAUCUGAACAAGUAGAAACCUCAUGACCAUUGAUAUUUAAACAAAAAAAAGAGGAAGGAGAUGGACACAGUUCUGUCUGUGGCUCCCCAGUACCUGCCUGCAGUGCACACACAAGCCGUCCUUCGGUCUAUUAUGAGCUACAGGCGAGAGCAUCCAAAUUCUUUCUGCACAAGGAGUCUGUUCAUUUAUACCCCAAGUUGAAAUGUAUCCAUGAUGGUCCUGAAAGAAUUGCUUGAAACAUAGAUCUAUGAUUAUUCAUCAACAUCGUUAGUAUCUCUUCAAAAUUAUUAAUUGAUAGUAACACUUUGGAAGAAAGUGCCUUUAAUAGUAUCUUCUGAGAAGGAAUUCUUUUGAACGUGGAAAAUAAGACUAGCUAUACACUAAGUGUAGGGAAUGUAAAUAUUUAAAUUACUUUUUAGCUUUAACAUUUAGGAGAAAAUUUGUAUAAUAAAAUGAAUCACAGGAGAGUUUUUUU